AAAAGAAUUCAAGCUUAUUUGUUUUGUAAUCCUUUUACUGAAUCAGGGUUUAGAAGGGUUUGAGGCAGCAACAACCAAUGGCUCCCAAAGUUGAGAAGAAGGCGGAUCCAAAGGCACAGGCCUUGAAGGCUGCAAAAGCAGUGAAAUCUGGACCGGGUUUUAAGAAGAAGACUAAGAAGAUCCGAACCAAGGUUACUUUUCACAGGCCAAGGACCUUGAAGAAAGAUAGGAACCCCAAGUAUCCACGCACCAGUGCUCCACCAAGGAACAAGCUUGAUCAUUAUCAGAUUCUCAAAUUUCCCCUCACAACCGAGUCAGCGAUGAAGAAGAUCGAGGACAACAACACUUUGGUAUUCAUUGUUGAUAUCCGGGCUGACAAGAAGAAGAUAAAAGAUGCUGUGAAGAAGAUGUAUGAUAUUCAAGCCAAGAAAGUUAACACCUUGAUUAGGCCUGAUGGCACAAAGAAGGCAUAAGUCAGGUUGACACCCGAGUACGAUGCCUUGGAUGUGGCAAAUAAAAUUGGAAUCAUCUAAGCAGUUGUUGACUAGCUUACUUUGAAGGGUUUAUCUUUUGUUUUGUUGCAAAGAGAGAGGUA